UGUGCCCCCCCCCCCCCCCCCCCAAUUCUCCUCAAUUAGAAACCCUAAUUCCUGUGAGCCCCAAAAUCUUCUCGACUGCUACUUAACGAUGUCCUCUAGAACGGUCAAUGACUUAAUCGCAGGGAGAGAAAAGUCAAUAUUCACCGGUGGUACUCCCGCAGACCCAUCGACGAUAACCACCCAUGACGACUGUUACCGUGUUCACACUAAUCGAGUGGCCACAGUUGCUGCUGCUUCCACAAACCAAUCUCCGCCUCCGGAAAAUUCCACAAUCAAAAGGCUACAAUCUGAAUUGAAGGACUUAAUGAUGAGUGACUGUGACUCUGGGAUAUCAGCCUUUCCUGAAAAGGACAAUAUAAUGUGCUGGAAAGGGAGAAUUAGUGGAGGCAAAGGUUCAGUGUAUGAAGGAAAAGAGUACAGACUAUCCCUUCGCUUUCCGAAUGAUUAUCCGUUCAAACCGCCUUGCAUCAACUUCGAUCAUCCUAUCCCUUUUCACCCCAAUGUGGAUGCCUAUGGAAAAAUCUACUUGGAUAUUCUUCUACUGGAAGAAUUCGAUAAAUGGUCAUCUGCUUAUGAUGUGAGAACCGUGCUCUUAUCCAUCAAGAGUCUACUUGAAGAUCCAAACCUAAGCACACCUGUCAACUGCGAUGCAGCAAGACUUUGGAGUAAUCAGAAAGAAUAUAAGGAGAGGGUGGAAAAAUUAUACAAGCAUCCCCAAUAUGGAUUAGAGAAGAGAACUAUUGAUCGAUUUGGAGGGCAAUUAUGCGGUUUGCGAGAGGAUAGUAAGGUGCUUUCUGAAUGUUUAAGGCGGCAUUCUUCCUUUAUAAAAAGAAAAGUUUCAAAGCAGUAAACAAGGAAUGAUUAAUGUCCUCGAUCAGUUGUAUAGUAAAGGUUGUCCUGUUUUAGCUGCCGGUUUCCUGUACUAGUAUGUCAAUUAAAGAUUGCUCUGGUAGAACAGCUCUUGUAUAAGUAACUUUAUUGCGAGUUAACUUUCACUGUUGAACACAGUACUGGAAUCCCACAGCCUUGAGUUAUCGAAA